AGUACAUUGUUGAGAGCCCUUGUUGUGUGGAUAUGGUACCCGAUUUUUUUUUAAAAAAUAAGGGGGUAGAUAUGAAUGGCUGUUGUGGGCUGUGGAAAAGGGGGCUGUUUUGGACUGACUUUAUUUUUUUGUUGUAUUACAUUUCUAAUCCCAUCUUUCAUUGUGGAACCCAAGGUUGUAAAGACUAGCAUUGCAUAUUGUGCUCAGAAGACAAAGGAAAGCUGGAGCAGUAGUAUUACUGCUACUGAUGACCCAGCCUACUUAAGGAAACAAGCCACUCCAUUUUGCUCUGGCUUGAUAUAAACAGUAUUUCUAGGACAUUAUUAUUAUUAUUUGUGUUCUCGUUGGCUGUGGCCAGUUUAAUGGAACACCCUUUAACUUUGUAGUAGUAACAAUAUUACCUUUAGCAAUUGUAAUAAUGCUUCAGCAUUUUUGGAGAGAUCAGAGAUGCACAUACCCAGUAAUCAUUUCAGAUUUCAAGGCCAUUUUAAAAAUCAGUUAUAGGAUAUUGGGGGUACUAUCUGCUUGCAUUUUCCAGCAGUUGUUUUCUUGUAGCUUAAGUUUGCCAGGGUAUUCCUCCUGUGAUGGUGAUUGCUAGUUGCUUUGUGGGGAGGGGAUUCACGUUUUACACUAGAGCCUGGAUUUCAUGCAUUGUGUAAAUUAUAGCAGGUAACUUAAUGCUACGUCUCUACACCAUCCCCAUCCUAGCUCCUCUCAUGCGUCUCUUUCUUCUUCUGAAAUUAAACUUACACAUGCAUGCUCAACAUUUGCCCCUUUUCUUCAGUCCCCCUCUGAUUUUUUCCCAUCUCCAUUGUCGAAAGAUAGGGCUAAAACAGACAUGAUGUGGAAAAUCUGUGAUCGGACCUCUACUUUUUAUCACACUCAAAAGCGGGUGUGAGGAGCUCCUAUUUCAGUUGCAGUUAUGGUGCUGGGGGAGGAAUUUAAUCCUUCUGUACAGGAAUGCUGCAUAAAUAGGUCUCAAAAGCUGUUUUUCACCUUGUAGCAAUAAAAAUCUUCCCUUCUCCCCAAGCUAUGAAGCCUGUUGGGUGACCUUGGGUCAGUCACUAUCAUUUGGUCUAACCUACCUCAUAUGAUGGUUGAGAGGAUAAAAUGAGAAGAAAAUCUUGUACACCACCCUGAGCUUCUUGGAGGAAGGCCUAGGAUAAAAGUGUUAUGAUUUCUUUUAAAGACACAUGCAGCAGGAGCAAGCAGCAGCAGCAGCAGCAACAACAAUUUAUUACUUGCUUUUUAUCCUAAGGUCACAGCAAUUUAAGAUACAGCAUUGAAAACUUUUUAAAGCCAAUUUUAAUCCCAGUAAUAGGGUGACAGUUGUAGUCUGAAACAAAUGGAGGGCACCAUGGGAAACAUGGAUGGGAGAUUGCAGCUGCAGAAACUAUAAACUCCAGUACGUUAUUCAGAUGUCUGUACGCCCUACUGAUAAUUCUGGACAUGAUUGUGGAGCCGCCUCUCAAUGGUGAAAUUAUUUUGCUUUCUGUUGCCUGAAGUUCAGGUGCAUGUGGUUGUCAAUUAUUGGCCCUGGUUGCCACGGUGUGAAGAUAACUCCUAGAACUAGACCAGAUUUGUCUGUGCCUGCUGACUGAACAUAAUGAAGUUUAAAGCUAUCUUCUUUUUUAUAGUAGUAGUAGUAGUAGUAGUAGUAAGUCAGAUGCCAUGGGGUUACUAGUUUAAAAUAAGCUUUGUUAAGAUCUUCUGGAUCAAACUUUCUGCACAUGCCUGUGAAUUGCAUUUCAUUCUGCCACAUGCAACCUUUGUAGUGAAGUGUAGAGUUUAUAUUGUGAAUGAAAGUACACAUAUUGCUAAGAAAUACCAAUUAUAUUCAAAAAUUAAUAAUUCUAAAGCAAAAUACUUUGUUUAAUUUUCCUUUAUCUGCACAUUCUAAAUAGUUUAAUGUCUAUUAAAUUAAUAGUUUCUUUCAAGAAGCAAAUGUUGCUGGAACCUUUUUAUUUGCAUCCCAAUGUUCAUUCAUUCAUUUUAUUUGUAUGUUGCUUUUCCACACACAAAAUCAUACUCAAAGCAGCUUACAACAGAGAAAACAGAAAUACAUUUCAAGCAAAAACUACAAAAACAAUUUCAUAAUAACAUAGUAAAGCAAUGACAUAGUAACAAUUUCAUAAUAACAUAGUACAACAAUAGCAAACAUACAAAAAGCCACAUUUCAAGAUUACGUAAACAUGCAGCAUCCAACAGCAAAAGUAACAACUAUGUCAUAUUGGCUUCAUGUACGUACUGAUGUUGGGAAUUUUGGUCCUCUGUUCUUAAUUUACUUCGUGUUAUAUCAUUGUUAAAAAUUAUGGUGCAAACUCAGAUUCUAUGAAGCUAGGAGGAAGGAUGUUGGGAACUGUCAUUCAGUAGUGAUAUUCUGUAUCAAUUUUCACAGUAAUUUUUUACCCUUCAAGUGUAAAAAAUCACUGUUAGUGUUGGGGGAUAAUUUUGUAUAUCACAAAACUACUGUCAGGGGGACUCCCUACAGGGAGCCUCCCCCCGUCAUCCUGACCAGCACUUCGCCCAGCGAGAGCGGUAGCAGCGGGUCAGGCGGGGGGAUUGAAGAGGGAAGCAGAAUGGAGGAAAGGCACAGUGAGGUAUCAGAGCCCCUGCACUGCCCAAGCCCACAGCUGGGGGAAGGAAGGCUCAGUGAUGUGUCAGAGCCCCUGCACCGCACUAGCCCACAGCUGAAGGAGGGAGCGCAGCCGCUUCCGGCGCCCGAAUUGAGGCGAGCGCCCAAACGUAGGGUGAGAGGGUGGCGUUUCAGGGUGCCCAAGCUAUUAUGCUGGCUCCGAAGCAGACGGGUGCCAUUGCCGGAUUCUGCGAGUGACUAGGAGGUCAUGUUUUCUGCUAUCUCUGCACUGUAAAUAGUAUGCAUAAUAAAACCCUUAAAGACAGAACGGACUGGAGCAUCUUUACUUGGGAGUAGCCGCAACAAUCCCCUGACAACUACAUUGUUACCCUUGGCAGACAGACCAGAUUGCCCUUGGUAGACAAGUCAACUCUCCUCUUUGCCAUUGAUACCUACUCAGUAUGAAACCUACACAUGCAUGGGCUUAUUUUAGGUGAGAUAUAGACUGGAUGGGUUUGAAAUGCUUAGUGUUGAAGCAAACUGCUUUGUGUCUUAUUCUGCUCUGAUGUUCUUUUGCUUUUUAGCAGCUUCUUGAGUUUAUUGUUACUUUUUUUAUUCAAAUGUACUGUGGUGUAUCACAAGGAUGAUUUUAAGGCCCAGUCAUAAUUCAGAAUAUACUGCAACUGUUUUAGAGAUAUGCUCAAUAUGACUAAGUGUGCUGCCUCAGUAGACUCAACACUAAGUAUUUUUAACCAGACUUGAAUAUUAUUCUUUUAGCAUCUGGAGUAAAAUACAAAGAAGAAAAAAUGCCAUCGAAGCAACAAAGAAAGCGACAGAAGAGACGUAGAUACCGUACUACCUCCUCAAAAAGCUAAAAGGGGUGAGGAGAAAUAUUGCAGGGACCACACUUAAAUCAGAGAUACAUCAGAUAAUAAACAUAACAAAUACAGCCAAAAUUUAAAAAUUAGGCUAAUGUUACUAAAAGAAACGGGACAAAAUGUGUCCUGAGGGGAAAUAAGGUGUGGUCUAAAAAGCACCUAUGAUCAAAAGACAAAAAAGGGACAAGGGGAGGGAGAGCAGGGAGAUAGAUUUUUAAAGCUUUUCUUUUCUUUAAAAAUGCCUCAUACUUGGUGCCCCUUACUACAGUAUAGCUAAUGUUAUGAGGAAUUCUUUUGGAUCUCUAAAAUCAGUCACAACAAAAUCUCAAAUAAGGUUAUAUCUAAAACAAUUUGUUACUCAUACAGACAAUUUAGCAGUGCAGAUUAGCCAAGAGACGGAUAAAUUUUAGGUAGGCAUUCUGAAAGACUAAAACAACUGUAAACUAGAGACAUUAUUUAUCAGAGUUUUUAUAUACUGCCCACUCACAUAAAAUAUCACAGUAAUAUAUGCAAAUACUAUAACACAUAAAAUGCCAUAAAACCAUACAAAAGAAUUACAAUAAUGUCUCAUCUUAAAGAAGGAAUUAAACAAUUGAAUUAAACAAUUGAAUAGUUUUUUAUAGUAUCUGAAGAAGUGUGCAUGCACACGAAAGCUCAUACCUAUGACAAACUUAGUUGGUCUCUAAGGUGCUACUGGAAGGAAUUUUUUUAUUUUUUGUUUCUUUAUAGUGAUUACUGUCAUCACUGUAAAUUAUUUUUAUGAAUUAUGUUCUCAGUAACAAAAACAGAAGUAGCUUUACUAGAAAACUGAAUCCAGAUGAGCUCAUGUAUUACCCCUCAAAAUACAGAAAAUGAUUUGUGUACAGAAAUAUAGUCUGUACUUUAUUGUGCAGAAGGCCACAAAACUCCAUGAUGAUUCUGAGCUGGCUCACACAUAAUGCUAAGCCAGACUGUGCUUAACAUUAAUGCAUGUGCAUGCAGGCUCCUGGAGAGGAGAUUGUGAGCACUUUGCUGCUCCUCUGGUCCUGCUGCUGAUCUGCUGUGAGCUAAGCUAUGGUUUGGCUUAGCAGCUUCAAACUUGGGCUCCUGGUUUGCCUCAUGCUAGACAAAUUGUGAGCUGUAAGCAAAGUUCUUAGUUUUACAGCUUUCUAGAGAAGAAAAACUAUGAGCCUAAGUUUAGACAACAUGCUAUAAGACAAACUCUGGCAGUGCAGCAGCAAGAAAGGAGUGCCAUCAUGAUUGUGAUCUCUCAGUCACACUUAGACAUGUACACUAAGACAUAGUCUGGCUUAGCAUUACAUGUGAACCAUCUUAGGUGAUUUGGUUAAAUAUUGUUGAUGAAAAAUAUAUAAAAUGCUUGGUUCUGUUCAUGAUUGUAGAACUGAAAAAUUGAAAAAAGAACACUCGAGUCAGUGCUAUCACAGAGUUCAGUGUAAUGAUCAUUCUUUGAUGUUGAAGAAUGUUCAGCAUACACUAUUUACAUUUUGCUAGAAGAUCAGUAAUUAGUACAGGAAAGAGAGAUAAAAUUAAGGACUUCAUUACCUAUGAGCUGAGCCCAAAGAUAAACCUAAGCUCAUAUUGUCAGUCAAAGAAGCUUGUGAGAAAUGCAAAGUUCUGUUGAGUUUAGUGCUCAAUCCUUUAGUAUUGCUCACAUGAUAAGUCUUAUGUGGGAAUUAGUGUUCACAAAAUAUUGGAUCUAAUCAAGUUAAGGUAAAGGUAAUGGGACCCCUGACUGUUAGUUCCAGUCGUGGACGACUCUGGGGGUUGUGGCACUCAUCUCACUUUAUUGGCCAAGGGAGCCAGUGUUUGUCCACAGACAGCUUCCAGGUCAUGUGGCCAGCAUGGCUAAGUCACUUCUGGCAAACCAGAGCAGUGUGCGGAAACACCGUUUACCUUCCUGCCGGAGCAGUACCUAUUUAUCUACUUGCACUUUGACGUGCUUUCAAACUGCUAGGUUGGCAGGAGCAGGGACCGAGCAACGGGAGCCCACCCCAUUACAAGACUAGAAUUCAAGCAGAUUUGGAAAGUAUAAUGCUCACAAUGUGUUGUACCAGAGACAAAAGUGAACUGUAGAGCAGGGGUCUGCAACCUAAGGCCCAUGGGCCACAAGCGGCCCAUGGGGGUUGUUUACCCCCGCUGCCCGCUCGUUCGGCUCCUGUGCGCAGUGCUAAACCGGCGCGGAGCAGAGUGAGGAACCACCUUCUGCGAUGCUGGCCGGCUUCCCAUUGGCUGCAGGAAGCUCCUGCAACCAAUGGGAAGCUGCGCACACCUCCUCCACGCCGGAAGGAGUGCCGGAAAUAGCCUUUGCGCAUGCAUGCCCGCACACUCAUUCUGGCCCACCAUGGCGUCUGCGGGACCAUGAACUGGCCCAAGCCACAAAAACUUUGCCAACCCCUGCUGUAGAGCAAAGGGAUGGAGCAACUCCCUCCCCUAUGAAGAUGGGUUACAUUUAUAGCUUUUUAACUAAAGAAAAUAGGUGAGGGUGGGGACACAAUUGAUUCGUAUGAGAACAUACAUGGAUGGUGGAUAGGGAAAUACUUUUCUCCUUCUCAUAAUGCCAGAACCAACUUCAUCUAGUAAAGCUGAAUAUUGGAAGAUUCCAGUUAGACAAAAGCAAACUUGUUCACACAUUGCAUAGAUUCCUGAAUUUGUUUUCAUAUAAGGUAGUGACAGUCCCCAACAUGGAUUGCAUUAAAAGAGAAUUAGGACAAUUUCAUGGAGGAGAAUGCUAUGAGUGGCUCCUAGCCACAAUGGUUAUGUCCUACUUCCACUAUUGGAGGCACUUCCACUGUUGGAGGCAGUACAUCUCUGAAUUCCUGUUUCAGGGUGUCAUAAGUGAGGAGAGUGCUAUUGCAUCAGUGUCCUGCUUAUGGCCUUCCCUUAGGCAUCUGGUUGGCUACUGUGAAAACAGUUUGAUCCAGAUGGGCCUUUGGCCUGAUCCAGCAAGGCUCUUCUUAUACUCAGUACAGCAUUGGUGUUGUGAUUAUCCUGUAUGCUGCUUUAUGCUCCCAGUGGAGCAUGGAUGAAGGUUUGAAAGUUAGGUCUUGACACUGCUGCCUUUCUACAGAGCCUCAUUAAGCCUUUACUACUUUUAAUCGUAGAUGAAAUUAGCAUUGUGUCUAAUACGUUUGCUUUUAUUCAUCUACAAUUACAAGAAAUUGGCCUGGCUCCCCUGAAUUUCUGAUAUUGCAUCUGAAUGCACCUGGUCUUUCUGAAAGAUUUUUGACAGCUGAAAGUCUGACAAACCCCAAGGUAUCACAAAGAUUUAAUCUCCUUAUUACUGGCCACUGUACGCUUAGAAGUUGCUCAAAACGGGAAAGCCCUAGAUGGGCCCUCCAAAGAGAGAUGGUGGUCAAGAAUAUGGGAUAUUGCUCUUUCAGAACACGCAAGUUACCAUCAUGCAGUGAUUAAGGGUUUGGCAAAACAUGAUAACUUUGACAUCUGGUUUCUGUUUAUUAGCUUUAUUAAGAAAUACAAUGCUGGUUAUUGUUACCCAAUGACUCAUGGUUUAUGUUGGAAUGGCUAUUUUUUGUUAAUUUCGUUAUGGUAGGUGUCUCACAGUGUUAAGUUUCAAUACAUCACACCCUUGCUGUAAUUGUAAAUCUGCUGGCUGCUAAACCUCUUGUUACCUGUUAUACUGUUUACAAUAAAAUCAAUAAAAAUACAAAUACAAAAAAUAGAAUGUCACUUUAUGACCUGCAUUUUUAUCAUGGUUUGUUUUCUGGCAACAAACUAGCAUGAGAAACCAUGGCUUGUUUAAACUAUGGGUUAAUGCUCUGUCUGAAUCCACUUGUCUUGUUUACCUGUUGUUUAUUAGGACACCCCACCCCAUAUGCUUGCUAAGCUACAGAGAGAUCAGCAGCUGGAAAACAAAGCAAGCUCUGGGGAAACAAGCCAUAAAUUGUUUACUUAUCUGUGAGACAUAUUUCCUGAAGAAACCAUGAUUGGUUUCCCCAGCUAUGGCUUUGCCUCGAAUGUGAACUUAGCCAUUGUAAUGAUGACGAAUAAUGUUUUAUUGGCUGGUAUCGUUUUUGGAGACAUGCUGCAAAAGAGCAAUCCUUUCUUUUGAACAUUAACAAGUGGAGCCAUAACACAAGUGACUUCAAUAUCUGAUGUUUCUUCAUCUGUGAUUGAAGAAUUAACAAUGUCUGUCAGACAGAGUUAAGAUGAAUAUGUUAGGUUGUUGGAUAGGUACAUGAGGGUAGGUAAAUUGACUUUGGAAUACAAAGUAAAAUCGGACCAGAGAUUUGAUUUUUGUACAGACAUAUAAAGAGAGCAGGAGAUAGUUUUUGUCUUAUUAAUAAAUGAAGAUCCUUUUACCCUGUGUUAAUGACAACUUUGAAGGAAUGUGGUCAAUUCAAUCAAAUGAUAUUAAGUAGAGACCAAAAAAAUACACAGUUAAAAAACAGCAAUAGAUGUUUUACAGUCCUAAUAUUUCACAAUAUAACUGAAAAAAUGAAUCAGAAAUUAAUGUUAAUUGGAAGAUGAUGUUCCUAGAACUGUAGAUUUAGAGACUAUUCUCAAAGUGUACAUAAAUUCCUAUGUUAUGUUCAGGAGAAAUUGACACACUGAAAGAAAAUAAGUUAACAGUGCUAUGGGAGACACUGCAGGUUUGAAAUAUAAAAACCAAAACAUGAGUGUAUAUUCCUUGACCAAUAUGACAGAGUAUUUCCUGACUAAUGUUAUCUGUUAAGAGCAGAGAAUAGUCAAAUUUAAAAAUACCACAACACAAAAUUAUAUGCAGGACUGAAGUUUUCAUUAAUGAGAGAAACACAUGUUAUGAGGAAACAGUUUCUUCUCACAAUGUCAUAUUAUGAUCAUGUUGUGUCCCAAUUAAUUUCCCUAGGCUCUAAAGCUUUUCUCUCUGUUCCACUGCUGUGCCUUGUGAAAAUCUGAUCUUACCCACUGAAUUGAAGCUCGGUUAAGCAGAAUCUCUUCAAAUCUGAUCAGAUCCGAUUCAGCGGUAUGAAGACAAAGCUGAUGCAGUUUUUGGGAGUAUAGCAGAAAAACGUGGUGAGCUUGUACCUACAGAAAUGUCUGAGAAAACUGUUCACAACCUAACCCCUGCCUUCGAUAGCAUACCGUACAGAAUGCAGAAUCGAACAGGAUCUACAAACUCCUUGCUGGUUGACAGUGAUUACUUCUUGAACUCUGGGGAUCUUACAGGGAUUCCUAUUGUUGGGAGUGACAAUGAGGAUGAGCAAACUUUUCCUGCAAAGGAUAGCCUCCCUUUGCGCCCUGAGGAUACUCGGGGAGAUAUGAGGAGGGUUCGGGAUCAUGCUGUGGACAAUGAGAAAGACACACAGAUGCAAAAUGUGAUUCAGAAAGACCUCUCUUCCCCUUUCGACAAAGGGCCCUCUGUAUUUAAGUCUGUUCGGAAAGAUUUUAGCAUAGGAAGAGAUGAUGCUAAAGAUAUUUUUUUGACUAAGGAGAAAGACAGAGAAGGACCUUUUCAGGAGCAUGACAAACGAUUGGAAAAAAUGCCGAAGGAAAUGGAUUCCAGAUUGAAAAGCAGUUUCCUUGAUAAAUCAGUUACUAAUCAAGUGGAUGAAACAUUACGGACACAGCUGGCACCACAAACACCAGAAACUAACUUCAGGGAGUCUAGCUACCUGUUUGCUAAUAAGGAAUCGGUUGGUCAAGAGCUGGGGAAUUCCUAUGCACCAAAUAUUAGAAUUAAGGAAGAGCCUUUGGACAAUGACUACGAUAAAGCUAUUGCACCUCAGCAGGGGCUGCUGAACAAAAUUAAGGAUGAACCAGAUAAUACUGAGGAAUAUGGCCAGCAGCCAAAAACUCAGGAAGGGGAACUGAAGAUCAGUGCUGUGUUUUCAGUCAGUGGCAGCCCUCUUGCUCCACAGCUGACUUCCAAUUUCCCACCUAACACACCAUCCUCUGGCAUGAACAAACUGCUUCCUUCAGUCCCGAGUACGGCUGUUCGGGUUUCCUGUUCAGGCUGUAAGAAGAUCCUACAGAAGGGGCAAACAGCCUAUCAGAGGAAAGGCUCCACUCAGCUCUUCUGCUCCACACUGUGCCUCACGGGAUAUACUGUACCAGUCACACGACCACCAGCUUCUUCCAAGAAAACCUGUUCCAGCUGCUCAAAGGACAUUCUGAAUCCAAAGGAUGUGAUUACCGCUCAGUUUGACAACACUAACUCCAGCAAGGACUUCUGCAGCCAGUCGUGUCUAUCCAUGUACGAGCUGAAAAGGAAGCCUGUUGUCACCAUUCACACAAACAGUAUUUCCACCAAGUGCAGCAUGUGCCAGAAGAAUGCAGUGAUUCGGCAUGAAGUGAAUUACCAGAACGUUGUGCACAAACUCUGCAGUGAUGCCUGCUUCUCCAAGUUCCGCUCAGCAAACAACUUGACCAUGAAUUGCUGUGAGAACUGUGGGGGUUACUGUUACAGUGCCUCAGGCCAGUGCCACAUGCUUCAGAUCGAGGGGCAGUCCAAAAAGUUUUGCAGUUCAACGUGUGUCACUGCAUACAAACAGAAGUCAGCAAAAAUCACUCCCUGCGCACUGUGUAAAUCUCUGAGAUCUUCAGCUGAGAUGAUUGAAAGCACAAAUAAUGUGGGGAAAACAGAGCUCUUUUGUUCUGUGAACUGCUUGUCAGCACACAGAGUUAAAAUGGUCACAUCUUCAGGUGUCCAGGUUCAGUGUAACAGCUGUAAGACCUCAGCCAUCCCUCAGUAUCACCUCGCUAUGUCAGAUGGCAGCAUACGCAAUUUUUGCAGCUAUAGCUGCGUGGUGGCUUUUCAGAACUUGUUCAACAAGCCUGCAGGAAUGAACUCGUCAGUGGUGCCCUUGUCACAGGGCCAAGUGAUUGUCAGUAUCCCCUCAGGAGCCACGGUUUCAGCAGCAGGCAGCACUACCUCCACGGUUUCCCCCAGCUCAGUCAGCAGCUCGGCCGCAGCUGGUCUCCAGAGACUCGCCGCUCAGUCCCAGCAAGUUACCUUUGCCCGCACUGUCGUCAAACUCAAGUGUCAACACUGUAGCCGCCUGUUUGCAACCAAGCCUGAACUGCUCGAUUACAGGGGCAAAAUGUUCCAGUUCUGUGGCAAGACCUGCUGCGACGAGUAUAAGAAGAUAAAUUGUGUCAUGUCGAUGUGUGAAUACUGCAAGAUUGAGAAGAUUAUCAAAGAGACUGUGCGAUUCUCAGGCAUUGACAAGUCAUUCUGUAGUGAGGGCUGCAAGCUGCUGUAUAAGCACGACUUAGCCAAACGUUGGGGGAACCACUGUAAGAUGUGUAGCUACUGUUUGCAGACAUCUCCCAAGCUGGUUCAGAAUCAUUUUGGGGGCAAGGUGGAGGAGUUUUGUUCAGAAGACUGCAUGUCAAAAUUCACAGUUUUGUUUUAUCAGAUGUCCAAAUGUGACAGCUGCAAAAGGCAGGGCAAACUUGGCGAGUCCUUGAAAUGGCGAGGGGAAAUUAAGCAUUUUUGCAACUUGCUUUGCAUUUUGAUGUUUUGCAAUCAGCAGUGUGCAUCAGAUCCACCUCCACCUCCACCUCCUCCACCGCCGCCACCCCCACCCCCACCUCAGAACAAUACAGCAAAUCUUUCCGUGGCACCAACGUCCUCGGUGGGGCCCCCUCCAUCUCUCAGGAAGGAUUCUACUCCAGUUAUAGCAAACGUGGUGUCCCUGGCCAGUGCUCCUGCUGCCCAGCCCACAGCCAAUUCCAAUAAUGUUUUGCAAGGUGCAGUUCCUACUGUGACAGCAAAAAUUAUUGGAGAUGCAAGUACUCAGACAGAUGCUUUGAAGCUUCCUCCUUCCCAGCCUCCCCGACUUCUCAAGAACAAAGCCUUACUGUGCAAGCCUAUAACACAGACCAAGGCCACCUCUUGCAAGCCUCAUACACAACACAAGGAAUGCCAGACAGAAGAAGAAGAAGAAGUUCCACCCAAAAUAAUCAUGGUGCCUGUUCCUGUACCAGUGUUUGUGCCAGUUCCUCUCCACCUCUUCACUCAAUACACACCAGUUCCGCUGGGAAUGCCAAUACCCGUCCCAGUUCCUAUGUUGGUUCCAUCUGCCCCGGAGAAUACUGGCAAGACAAUAGAAACCAUUCCAGACAUCAAGGAGAAGAGCUCCGCUAAUGCAUUUGAGGCAGAUCUCCUCCAGAUGGCAGAAAUGAUCGCAGAGGAUGAGAAGGAUAAAGAACACUCUAGAGGAGGCUCUCAAACAUCUGAGCAUGAGCUGUUCCUCGACCCUAAGAUAUUUGAAAAAGACCAAGGCAGCACAUACAGUGGCGACUUAGAGUCUGAAGCAGUGUCGACCCCUCACAGCUGGGAGGAGGAGCUGAACCACUAUGCCUUACGCUCAAAUACGGUGCCUGAGCCUGAGCCCGAGCCGAGGCAAUUCUCCAAAGGAGAGCUGGAGCAGGACCUGGAGGCUGAUUUCCCUUCAGACUCCUUUGACCCGAUCAGCAAAGGGCUGGGUCUUCACUCACGUGCGCGAGCAAGGCGGAGACACAGAGAUGGGUUUCCCCAGCCAAAAAGGAGGGGGAGGAAGAAGUCCAUAGUAUCUGUGGAGCCCCGGAUGCUUGUGCAGAGCUCAUACCCAGGCUGUUCGGUUUCUGGGAUGAGUCUCAAGUAUAUGUAUGGAGUGAACGCCUGGAAGAACUGGGUCCAGUGGAAAAACACACAGGAAGAGCAAGGAGACCUCAAAUUUGGAGUUCGACCUGUGAAGCUCAAAGAGGACAUCCUUUCUUGUUCUUUUUCGGAGCUGAGCUUUGGCUUAUGCCAGUUUAUCCAGGAGGUACGACGACCAAACGGUGAGAAGUAUGACCCUGACAGCAUCUUAUACCUGUGCCUUGGAAUUCAGCAGUACCUAUUUGAGAAUGGUAGAAUAGAUAACAUUUUUACCGAGCCCUACUCCAGGUUUAUGAUCGAACUUACAAAACUGUUGAAAAUCUGGGAGCCUACAACGCUUCCAAAUGGUUACAUGUUCUCAAGAAUCGAAGAGGAGCACUUAUGGGAGUGUAAGCAGCUGGGUGCCUAUUCCCCCAUCGUCCUCCUGAACACGCUGCUUUUCUUCAACACCAAAUACUUCCAGCUCAAGAAUGUCAGUGAGCACAUGAAGUUGUCCUUUGCCCACGUCAUGCGACGCACCCGGACCCUGAAGUACAACACCAAGCUGACUUAUUUACGCUUCUUUCCUCCUUUCCAAAAGCAGGAGGUAGAAUCAGAUAAAUUAGUAGGCAAAAGAAAACGCCACGAGGGUGAAGAUGUCCCAACAGCGGUGGAAAUGGUCGAGAACACUGACAACCCCUUGAGAUGCCCAGUUAGGCUGUAUGAAUUCUACUUGUCAAAGUGUUCUGAAAGCGUGAAGCAGAGAAGUGAUGUCUUUUACCUCCAGCCAGAGCGCUCCUGUGUCCCCAAUAGCCCCAUGUGGUAUUCCACUAUGCCAAUAGAUCCUGGGACUUUGGACAUCAUGUUGACGCGCAUCCUUAUGGUAAGGGAGGUGCACGAAGAACUUGCCAAAGUCAAACCAGAGGACUCUGACCCUGAGCUUUCAGACUAAGGUUGGGCAAAGGGGGCAUUAUCUCUUUUUUGGGUUUGUUUUUGUUUCUUUCCCUUUCCAAUACACCUUGCAAAAGCACCAAACUGUGAACGCAUCCAUCCUUUGGAAGACUUCCUCCGUCACAUCACACAAACCAUCAGGAGGAGCAGCACAAGCUGUGACAGAUUGCAAAUAAGAAUCAAAGGACAGAAAACAGCCCAAAGCGCAAGAAAAUGGAGGGCUCAGUGGCCGCAUUUGAUCCUGAAAACGCUUUCUUAAGAUGAGCUUGAUGCUUGUCUUGCCUCCUUCCUCCCCUCCCCAAAACAAAGUGGUGCUUGUAUCAAUUGUUACCAAUUAAGGAUUUUUUUUUUCCUUAGAGGGAAUCCUGUUGUGUAUGUCCUUUCCUUCUAACCAUGGAAGCAAAGAAAGCUAGAUUAAACCCCUGGGUGCUUUUGCAAUGUAGCUGCUGCCCACAGCUGUGUGGGGUUUUCCUAACAUUUACUGUAGGAUGUGAAGCAGAACGUAGUAAGGUGGAAACCAAUGGAAAUUCUGUCUGUAAGAUAAACACAUCUAUUCUCCACCAUUGUUCUCCCCCCACUUUUUUAUUCCUUUUUUUUCAAAAGAGGGGGGGGCAACACCUCAGAUUGGAUAUUCAAAGAGGCGGUUUCAGCCAGAAGCUGGGGCAAAGGACUCAGCUUAGUGGGGUGUGCUGUGAAAUUCCCUCCCUUUUGAAACUGGGGGUCUGUUGCAUCCCUCACUGAGCAGCAGAGUAAAGCUGAGCAUCCUUUCAGAUCACUAUGUUGAGACAGGAAAUGCCUGUGUGUGUGUGUGUGUGUGUGUAGGCACUCCCAACUCCAACAAACAGGGUUGACACAGGAACACACACACCUCACACUGGACCAUUAUACUGGUAUCAAAUGCCAAGGUACACAGCAACGGUUCUGGAGGAAUUGUGCUCCCUGUUCUGUUCCCCACUUUUCAUUUUUUUUCUCCAACCCAUCUCAGUGGCAGCUUCUCCACUUCUUUGUCUCCCUUCUGUGAAAAUUAUUUUUUGGUAUACCUCUUGGAGGGAUGAGGGUUUGCGAGCCUCGCAAUUUUAUUUUAUAUUAAUUUAAUUACCGCACCCGUAAAAAAAGGGAGCCCAGUUACAAAAUGAUACUUGGGUGAUCCUUCGGUCAAAAAGGACAUGAGGCCCAAAUUUAGAAGAGAACUUCUGGUAUCCUGACUGUUAGGCUUUUACUACCACCACCACCACCCUGGUCAAAAUCCUUCCACAUUAUAAAAAUGCAGGGUGCUUAUCCAAAGCUUGGUCAAAUACAUUUCACCAAUCCCCUCCUCAUGUGUUAUCGACUGUAUUUUCUCAGUCUUGCAGAUCAGUUUGGAAAGCCAACCUAUUUUUUAAACACAGAAAAUAGUAUGUUUUUAUUGGCAGUUUUGUCCAGCCACCACCUUCCUUUUUAAAAAAGAAAUCCUCUAGUUGAAAACCUCUCCAGGGUUGAACACCUUGUGUGUGUGCGUGCGUGUGUGUGUGUGUUAUUAUUUUUAACAGUAUCAAUUCAAAGGUAACAACAAUAAGAUCAGAAAGUAGUCCUCUUUUGCCGUUGUGUACUUGAUAGUCCUGUCCCCCUGCCUGUAAUGAAGUUCACUAGUGUAUUUUUGAAAUACGGAAAAAUGUGUGAAAUGGGUUUUUGUUUUGUUUUUUAAAAAGCACCUGCCCCCUCCCCCCAAUUUUUGUAUAAUUCUGAUUUCAUCUCUCUCUUCCCUAUCCCACAAUGUUUUUGUUGCUUCUGAAAAGAAAUCCCAUGUUUCACUGUAUAGCCUGAGGUAAAAAUUUGGAGAGUGGAAGGGAGGAAAAGUUGUUACUGGGUUGUGACCUUUUUCCAGUAAGCUUUCCACAGUUUGAAGUACAUGAUAUUUUCUAGGUGUUUAAAACGCUAAUUCCCCCCCCCCCAAAAUUCCUCCACCCACCCAUCCCUUUUUACCCCUUGUAGCUGUAUGAAUAAGUAGUUGAAUAGCAGAUACACUGUUAUGGAUUACAACAUCAAAAUAUGUUUUUCUGGAACUUAAAAAAAAUAAAAGUCCCUCACAUUUUUUUUAAAAAAAGAUGAGAGCUUUUUUGGUUUUUUUUU